AUGGCGUGUAUACAUCCUUUGUCAAAGCUUUACAACGAAUUGAAUGGGAAACUAGGAGAUGAUGAUGAAAGUAAAUUGAGGAAUUUACUGACGGAUAAGCAAAUAUCCAUAAGAGACAUGCAGGGUCUGAAAGAUCCAGCGGCGAUCUUUCAAAAGUUAGAAAAGGCUGGUUUUAUUAGCGAAGAUAACUUGCAGUUUUUGAAGACUAUAUUGCGAUCAAUAGAACGAAGUCCACUUAUAACUAAUGUGCUGGAAUGUGAAAUGGAACUGCAAAAAAUGAAACAAUUACAGGAAACUCAAAAGAAAUUACAAGAGCAUCGAGAAUUGGAAGAACAGUUAGUGGACGGAGGACAAACGAAAACACUCAGCACAGAUGGCGGAAUCACGUCAUCCCUCGGUGCGACCAGUAUGCUAGACUAUUUAUUGCUUUCUUUGAAAGGAUCGAAAGGACAGAUUGAGUACAUGGGUCGUACAAUCGAGUAUGACACAAAGGGGAGAUUCCAUAGCCUGAGUGAACCUUUAGUGUUCGAUUGUGUAGCAACUGAUGUUGCAAGUAAUACUUCCAAGAAGAAAAAUCACUUCCAAACUGCAGAUGAAGCUGCCAAGGCCACAAUUCGUCUACUCAUAGAGGAUUUGAAAUCGCAAAACAUCAUAUCGCAAUAGAAUCGGAGUUAACGGUGGCUGCAGAGUUGAGUUUACCUUACCAGUAUCAUAUCGUUAACGAAUGUCAAUAUAUAUGACUGUCCGCGUUGCGGUCGUCGACUUCGUCAUAAACUUUUCCUGAGACUAACAAUAUAUUUUUAUUUGAUUUUUUGUAUUUUAUAUUAACCAGUUUGGAGCCUCGGCCAGGUUCGAUUUUGUUAUGUGUUCUUUAUAUAUAUAUUUUUUUAAAUAUUGGUCAAUUUUUCAUCUUAUAUAUAUUCUUUUGUUAUAAGAUCAUCUUCAGUUUUGGGGUGAAUCACUAGGAAAUGUCAACCAAAUUCAAUUUUGGUAAAAGUAGGGAGUGAAUUUUCCAAGAUAAGGGGUAAACUUUAGCUGAA